AUUCAGUAGUUUUUAUGCAAUUACCUGCAUCUAUAGUAGAGGGAAAAUAAAUACAGAUAGAGUUAAAGAAAAAAACAUGGAAAAUGGAAGGAGGCAAACGACACGAAAGAGGCCCAUUAAUAGCUAUUACACUAACAGCGAGCAGAACUCACAGCGUGUUAAUUUUAGCAAUUGGCCAUAUCGUGAAAAAGUUGCACUGCUAAAAGCUCUGAAAAAAUAUGGUCAUUAUGAUAUGGUAAACGUGUGCAAGGCUGUACCUGGCAAGAGCAAGGAUCAGAUAAAGGCAGCAAUUGAUAUGUGGUGGAAGGCAGCACGUGUUGCAAUGCUGGCUUCAGCUGGUGACAAGCAGAGCAGGGAUGGGCUGAAACAUGUACCUAAGAGGGGGAAGGGUAGACCAUCAGGGUCUUCAAAAGGUUUCUCUACAGAGAAGGCUCCUAUUGAUCAGUGGCUACAUAAGUUGGAGGAGAGUCAGCCUGCAUGCAGCUGUUCUGAAACAAAGCUUCUACAAAAAGCACUUCUCUACAUCUCCAAAUAUGAAAAUCAUCCAUCACCACAAAAGUGUAAUGGAGUAGAUUACAGAGCAAUGUAUGAAUACCUGUACUGCAUGCUGAGUGGAUACCCAGGGAAGACGCUGAACCCUGAAACUGCAGCAUAUGUCCUUGACAGUCUUAAUGACUUGGCAUUGGAGAUUCGAGAGAGAGGAAUGCAGAAAGAGACAUUCUUCUUAGAUGUUGUCCAGAGAAUUUAUGGUCAGCUUCGUCAGUAUGCAGGAAAGACAAAGACAGAGUCUGAUUUAGAACCCACCUCACCAGAAGCAGCCUUUAAGAACUUCAUGAAAACAGUGGGUGUAAACCCACUGAAUAUACCCAUGAGUCUGCUGAAGAAAUAGAAGGUCAUGCUGGUCACUGUGAGAAAAAGUUGCAUUUCUGUCGCACUGACAAUGCAUUUCUGAAGUGGUGCCUGUUUUCGUUUUUAAUGAUUAUUUAUUUAUUAUAAGUAUACUGAUACAGUAAUUUCUAAGAAUAAGAACUAUGAACCAUUCUGCUAUGAUUUGAAACUGUCUGAUCUUAUGUAAAGAAAAUACAGAAUACAGUCAUGUGAUUGAGUGACUAUAGAUGGGGUUUGAAUUGGUAACUGGAUUUAUUGAAUUGAAUCUAAGGAAUAUUAAAUGACUUUGCAGUGGAGAAAGUUGCACUGCAAGAAAUUCAGUUUGUACUCUUCAUCAAAGACUGUAAAA